GACACGCUGAUUUCAUUGUCUGAGGAGGCAGUGGAGACCCAGGAAAAAUCUCGCUGUAUCCGCAUGCCCCAGCACUGCUCUCAUCUGGGAUCCGCUGAUUCCUUACGAGACCGCACCACGCCCGAGAUGAAUCUACGUUCUGUAUUUACUGUAGAACAACAAAGGAUUUUACAGCGUUAUUAUGAAAAUGGAAUGACCAAUCAAAGUAAAAAUUGCUUUCAGCUCAUAUUACAGUGUGCACAAGAGACUAAGCUGGACUUCAGUGUAGUCAGGACGUGGGUUGGCAAUAAGAGAAGAAAGAUGAGUAGUAAGAAUUCUGAAUCAGGAGCAGCAACAGCAGGAACUGUUUCCGGUACCUCUUUGGCAGCUCCAGACAUUACAGUCAGAAAUGUGGUUAACAUUGCUCGACCCUCAAGCCAACAGUCUUCUUGGACAUCUGCCAAUAAGGAUGUCAUUGUAACUGGUAUAUAUAGUCCAGCUAGUUCAUCAAGUAGGCAAGGGACAACCAAACAUACAAAUACACAAAUUGCAGAAGCACAUAAAAUCCCUCUUCAGAAAACGGCCAGUAAAAAUGCAACUGAGUUUCAGUUGCACAUUCCCGUUCAAAGACAAGUAGCACACUGUAAAAAUGCCUCCCUGCUCGUAGGUGAGAAAACAAUUAUUUUGUCAAGACAGACAAGUGUGCUAAAUGCUGGCAAUUCUGUAUACAGUCACAGAAAGAAAAAUUAUGGCAGUCCUUCAGUGCAAGCCUCUGAGAUGAUGGUACCUCAAAAGCCAUCUGUGUGCCACCGACCUUGCAAAAUUGAACCAGUUGGAAUUCCAAGGUCAUACAAGCCUGAAUACACAGGUCAAGGAUCACAUAACUUGUGUGGGCAAAAGCCACCUAUUAGAGACCCUUACUGCAGAACACAAAAUUUGGAAAUUCGUGAAGUAUUUUCAUUGGCGGUUAGUGAUUACCCCCAGAGAAUUCUGGGAGGGAAUGGCCCACACAAGCCUAGUUCAGCCGAACCAACUUAUUUGUCCAUUGCAAUGGAGACUGGAGAUGCUGAUGAUGAGUAUGCCAAAGAGGAAGAGUUGGCAUUGAUGGGAGCACAGACACCAAGCUACUCAAGAUUUUACGAGAACAGCAGUUCCCUUCGAGCUGAGAACCAAAGUACAGCUUUGCUCAGACCAGGAAGAAAUAUGCCUAAUUCGCAGAUGGUGAAUAUUAGAGACUUGUCAGAUAAUAUACUGUAUCAAAACAGAGACUACCACUUGACACCACGGACCUCACUGCAUACAGCAUCUACUACAAUGUACAGUAAUACUAAUCCAUCACGGAGUAAUUUAUCUUCACAUUUUGCAUCAUCAAACCAAUUGAGGUUAUCACAAAACCAAAACAAUUACCAGAUUUCAGGAAACCUUACUGUGCCUUGGAUUACAGGGUGUUCCAGAAAAAGAGCACUACAAGACCGCACUCAGUUCAGUGACCGAGACUUGGCUACCCUUAAGAAGUACUGGGACAAUGGCAUGACCAGCCUUGGCUCAGUCUGUAGAGAGAAAAUUGAAGCAGUUGCAACUGAAUUAAAUGUUGACUGUGAAAUAGUUCGGACUUGGAUUGGGAAUCGAAGAAGGAAAUAUCGUUUAAUGGGGAUUGAAGUUCCUCCUCCAAGAGGAGGCCCUGCUGAUUUUUCUGAGCAGCCCGAGUCUGGUUCUUUGUCUGCACUCACACCAGGAGAGGACGGAACUGAAGUAGGAGAGGAUAAUGACAGAAAUGAUGAAGUAUCCAUCUGUUUGUCUGAAGGAAGCUCUCAAGAAGAGUCCAGUGAAGUUGUUCCAAAUGAGGCAGGUACUCAUAAGGAGGACCACCACGAAGAAUCCACAGAUAAUGUGAAAAUAGAAAUAAUUGAUGAUGAAGAGAGUGACAUGAUAAGUAAUUCUGAAGUAGAACAAGUGAAUUCUUUCUUGGAUUAUAAGAGUGAAGAAGUCAGAUACAUCGAAAAUGAGCUAGAGAUUCAAAAGCAAAAAUACUUUAAACUUCAGAUGUUUGUUAAAAGCUUGAUACUAGCUAUGAAAACUGAUGAUAAGGAACAACAGCAGGCACUGCUGUCAGAUUUACCUCCUGAAUUAGAAGAGAUGGAUUUCAAUCAUACCUUGCCGGAACCUGAUGAUACCUCAUUCAGUGUGUCUUCUUUAUCAGAGAAAAAUGCCUCAGAGAGUUUGUGAUUUGAAAGGGGUAAUAUGAUACAGCCUUUUGGCUGCCCUAGCAGGUGUGCAUUUCAAGAUAACUGCAUUGUUACCCCAGAAUUCUUCAGCUGGAAAAACAUAUUGUUGAAACCAACAAAUUCUGUGAAGGAUGAACAAGAUAUAAUGGCUAUAGUGCAAAAGAUGUAUGUGAAAUGUAAGAGCAUUGUUUGAAAGUUUUUUCCAAAAUGCUGGAACUCUGGGAAAAAAAUGUAUUUAAUUGAGCAGUCUAGCUAUGUAAUGCAUAAUGUCUAAUUCUGAAAGAUUUUUGUUUGGUUUUGUAGAAGAACCUUAGUUUUAGUAAUAGUUUUGACCAGACACAUUAAAAUAAAGUAUUCCAACAUUGCUUAUCAAGUUACUGAAGUUUGAUUAGUCCUGUUUUGGUAGCCAUUAUAUCUUCUUUCUACCUAUCUUGAUUUCCUAUCAUUCACAUACACUUUUAUUCAGGAAAGUGGACUGAAAAUUGAAAACAAAACUUUAAAAAUGAUUUAACCAGGAUGAGUCUUGGGACCCCUACGAAAAUUUGACUUAAGCUAAUGACUGAAAAUUGGAGUGAAUACUGGUACAUAAUUGUAAAUUGUUGGUAUUCUUCCAUUACCUAAUCCAGUAUUUGGUGGGAGGGGGGAAAGCACUCUGGAAAAGUAAUUUACAAACAUGAUGUCAAAUAAUUGUUAAGUGUACAAAAAUAAAAUGUUGUAAAAGGUUAGUUUUAAUGGGAAUUCUCCAUUGCUGCAAAUGACAGAUAUUGAUAAGAUUCACAUUAUACUAGUAAAUUUGUGUAACUGAGUUAGAGGAAAUGUUGCACAAAUAUUACAAGUUUAUCAUUAUCUUCAUAAUAUUUUUCAGUUCUUGCAUUUUAUGAAAUAGGAAGUCAAGGUAAGUUACCACCCCCCCUUUUUUUAUCUAGUCACUCAGCUUUGCCACAAAAUUUACCUCAUUUUCAUGUGAGGCUUGUACAGAGCCAUCAGCGAAGGAUAAUAUCCAAAAAGGAAUAUACUACUUUGGUCAUAGAUCACAGUGCUCUAAAUUUCCUGGAUACUAUUCUAUGAGUACACUCCUAAAAUGGGCAUGCUACCCAGUUAUUCUAGUAAGUACCAGAUGGCAACACACUGUAGACAAUUGUUUGCAGACAUUUCCCUUCUGGGGUACCAGAUAGCAUUACCAAAACUCAUAAAAGGAAAAAUACCUGUUUCUCUCUAAGUACACAGUAUCAUAUGUUUAUGAAUUGGCAGGGUGGAAUUGUGUUGUAUGGUUAAAUUACUGUCUAUACCCAAAAGAUUAAUGAAGUAGCUAGAUAGCACUUUUGGCCAUCAAGUUUCUAUGUCAUAUAUUUUUAUUAUUUUUAAGUAAAACCAAUUUUGACUUUGGAAUUCACAGAUACCAACUUACAAAUGCAGAAAGGCAAUCAUGAAUGUCUUUGACCUUGAAAUGUCCCCCCCACCCACAAAUAGGUAAGGUUCAUUGAUAAUCCUUCAUUUUGUCAGCUAUUUGUUCGAUUUAAUAUUGCUGCCAUGCUACUGCUAUGGUUCUUUUGUUAGCAGAAAUAUUUCAGUGAUUAGGUGCUCUCCUUUUUAGCCAAAAGCCAUAUGGUUCUCCACAAAGAAUGUUUAGUGCUCCUUGCUGACACAUCAAAUUCCAUUCAGAGAAAAGAGUAACAGAAUCUCAGAGAUUAGGAUUAAAUUGUUCAGUCACAACAAUUCCUCCAUGAGAUACAAAGUCCCUACUAUAUAAAGCAAAUAUAGGAACCAUUUCUUAAUGUAGCAUGAACAAAUUUCAGGCUUUAAAGUAUCUCCUGGGAUCUCCUUUCUAGUCAUUGAGUUUAUCUUUAAGCUGUAAUUUUUUCUGCUUCAAUUUAAGCCCCUUUUUAUCUGGUUUCUGUUACACAAUAAAGUUAGAUGAGUCUUUCCUGUAUCUUUCAACUCUAUGGAUUGUAUUUGUCACACCUCAGCAAUCAUUCAAUAAAUCAAAGAAUAUGUGUUGAGCUCCUACUAUAGAGACAUUGGAUUUUGACUCCUCAGUAAGCCAUAAACUUCAAAGCAAAUUAUUUCUUUUCACUUUUUCAGGGAUAUUAAUACAAAUAUAUAAGUAGAAAUUUUAGUAGAUUUAAGUAUUCUUCUAUGUAUGAUUCCUCAAAGGAAUCCUAGUGUACAAUUUUGAGAGGAAACACAGAUGAUUCCCAUUCCCUGUUUAAAGUUCCAUUAAAAUAGAUACUGUGUAAAUCAUAACUAUACUGUCACUAGAAUUAAAACAUUUCUAAAAUGAAAUGUGGUUUUUCUGUAGCAGGAACCAAAGGAAAUAACUGUGUCCAGAAAAAAAAUCAUAAUUGGCAGAAUGAGAUUUUAGCCAUGGAUUUGUUUAAAAGAUGUGAAGGUCAAGUGUUAAAAAUAUACUAUAGGGAAAAUGUAUUUUUCACACACAGAGGUUAGAAGUGGUUUUGAGGCAUUUCAAACAGGAAAAAAUCAGUUGGUGACUACUUUUGUGACAUCUUCAUGAGUGAGAGUAGAAAAACAACUAGUGUUUCUUUCUUUUGUGCUUUAUUGUUAAAUGUAUAAUAA